GGGAAGAGAGCGCGCGCGUGACGACUGACUGAGGGGACAUAAUGCGUGAGGGAAGAGAGCGAAACGGGGUUUGGCGUUUGUCUUGAGGUGUAGAAGACAUUAUGGAUUCCUCCAUUCCAAGCAUUGCGGAGGUUCGUGGCAUAUUGCUGGCUAUGCAGAAGAACUUGGAAUGCCCAAUAUGCCUGGAGGUAAUGAAGGAGCCAGUCUCAACAAACUGUGCCCACAUCUUCUGUAGUUUCUGCAUGUUUAAGCUCCUUAAACAGAAGAAGGGUGUGGUACGGUGUCCACUUUGCAAUGCCAAAGUCACCAAAAGAAGUCUAUGGGAAGAUGUCCGAUUUAAGCAAGUAAUCAAAGUGGUGCUGGAAGCCAUCCGUGCUUUUGAACAUGAUACAGGGCUCAAGUUUUCAGAUGAUCUGUGUUUGCCUAAGAAAGCUUUAGAAGAUGCUUCUGCUUCAGUUUCAUGGAAAGAAAAACAUGUCAUUGAUUGUAAAGGCUACAGGGACAGACUGAAGAGAGCGAAGGAAGUGAAAAAGAGAAAUGCUAGCUUGGAAGGUGAGACCUCCAAGUUGCCAUUAGCUGGUGGAACAAGGCGCUCCCUGAGAAAGAAAAGCAAUUCCAGUAAAGCCAUUGUGUUUGAAAUUGGAUCAGACUCUUCUGAAGAUGCAUUUAAGAAGACAGAUACAAUCAGAUGUGUGAGUUUAAGACGUAAUUAUCCAGCUCGAGUUGAUGAAGGUUGUGCCAAAAAUGAAAGCCUAAGCCCUUUUCACAUGGAGUUUUCUGAGCUGAGUGCUGAAGAUGAGAAAUUAAUAAAUAUCCAAGGUGUAUGUGAUUAUUUGGAAGGACUUGGAAACACAGAAGGAACUCAAGCCAGCAUUGGAAAGUUAGAAAUUCUUGAAAAGAAUGCUGCUGUGGAAAAGAGUCAGGGUUUGUCUUCUCCAGAUCCCUGCUUGGGUAGACAUGACAGGAACUCCAGUUCCAUGCCAGAGGGUGGUUCUUGCUCUUUACUCAAUAUGGCACAAUUGGUUGGUGAAGCCACAAAGCCCACUGCAGAUAAACAGGCUGGUCAUGAUGCAGGAAAUGUUAGUAUGGGGCUGCCUUCUGGAAAUAAACACAUCUUGUGUGAAAACGAGGAACAGCUACUGCAGUCACAAACUUCCCCUGAACGUCCUCUGAGUCAAGUCUCUGGGAAGAAACUGAUGCGGAGCAUCCAGAAAGUCAAAGCAUGGCUGUCUAAAAGCAAGGAGGGUCUUUCUCCAAGAUCCUUGCAAGAUAGUCACACACAGGAGGUGGAUCAAGAUGCAGACUUGUCAGAUGGAGACUCUCUGGUCUCCCAGAAGACUGAACAGAUUGGAGACCAGAAACUGUUCACAGUGGAAUGUGAAGGUGACAGGUCUUUGCCCAAGCCAGUUGCCUCUAAAGCUGAAGAUAAACUAUUUGGGAGAACAUACAAGAGGAAACGCAAAUCAACCCUUCUUUGGAAUAAGAGGGAAACAGUUUGUAUCCAAGCAAAGGAAGGCAUUGCUAUGAAUACAGAAUCCUGUGAUACACCUGUAAAAAGAUUAUCGCGAAAGAGGAAGGCUACAUCAGAAUUGCUACCAGAUGACUUCAUUAAGAGGCAAGAUGUGGAAGUAAAUAGUAGGAGGCCUGGUGGAGAUGAAGAUACUGCUUUGGAAGAAGGUGGCCAAGUUCCUGCUCUUGUAGAUGAUAGCCCUGUGGCAGAUCAAAAGGAAGUUGAACUGGCAACUGAAUUUCCUGUCAAAGAAGGGCUGUCUGUUUUGGAAACGGAUUUAAAUGAACCAUCUCAGAGUAUACGCCAGAAAUCGCCGGAAUCAAACCUUAACCAUCUAAAGAAAAAAAGUAACACUUUGAGCAAGGUACGUAGACAAUUAAUCAAGCCUGUUGGCGCAUUGCAGUUAAUGAUGGACAGAAGCUCCAGGUCCCCUGAGAAGGCAAAGAUACAGACCAAUGAUAAGUUAAGGGAAGUUGGCACAGGCCAGGUGCAAGUCAGACGGAGCAGAAGGCUUCAGUUGUCAACAGAAGAAGCCCGGACAAGAAGUGAGCCCGUAAAGCGAGGAAGGAAACAAUUGGAGAACAGAGAGACAAAGAAGCGUAGGUGGUCUCAUGAAGAAAACAUGCCAACGCCUUCCGUAGCAGAAAAUUACCCCAAUGUGUUGCAGGGCAGGCUCCAAAAGGACCUGUCUUUGUCAGAUACCAGCCUGAUGGAUGUGGAAGGGGAUGCAACUAAAGCUUGUGCUAACCCUCCAGCUUCUCCUCAGGUAGGUGUUGAACAAACCACAGAGGGCAGCAGUCCUUGUUGCAUUGUUCCCAGUGCAAGUUCCCAGGACAGCUGCUCACUUCUGCAUUUUGCUUCUCUGGAGGUGGAGCAAACCACUUCUGAGGACAAACAGCUCACAGUAGCACACCAGACUGAGAAUAAUGUGUUAUGUACCCAGAAACUAGAGGGCGAUGAGUUUUGCACAGGGGAUAUGAUGAGAAGCUGUAAACCCCCUGAAACAAAUGAUGAAGCUGCAGGAACUUUGGAGCUGAACUCAGAAACUGAGGACAGUGAACUGGAUACAAACUUCAUGCAGAAGAUAUUCAGUGGCUGCAAACGCCAGUCAUUCUUGUUGCAUCCAGUAAAGGAAUCUGCUGCAGAAAUUAAAAAAGAGAUACGCAUUGGCUUGGGGGAAGAUGGCAAGGUUGACUGUUUGAAGAAAUCGACUUGCAUCGAUAAAUUUUGUGAGGAGAGGAGAGAUGCUGUUGCCUGCGAGGUGAACAGCUCUGUCCAAAGACUGGCAUCUUGUGCUACUGGUUUCCCUGAUCAUGAGAGGAGAACUGAGCAUCCCCAGCUUGCCUCACAAACUGCGUUCCCAGAUCAUCCAUCCACACCAGAUCAGUUAGCCACCAAGAAUCCUGACAAUCCUCAGCAAAGUCAACAGCCAGUAACUAAAAAGAGUACGUCCCCUGAAAUUAGAGGAGAAGUUGCAAACUCAAAUAACAGCGGCAGCAGUGGAAGCCCAAAUGUCUGGAGAAAUGGCAUCAUCCAAAGCAGCAGUUUAAGUGUCAUUAAUGAGACACGUUCUAGUGUGGACAACUCAGAAGAUGCAGAAUCUGAAAGCACUAAAAACAAAGGGCUGGCAUUAAGCUCUCAGCCAGAAUUCAUGCAGCCAUGUCCUGUAAUUUGUCAGCUACCACAUUCUGAAUCCAGUGGCAUCCAUGGUGAAAAGAAUAGCCCCAUGGAACAAAAGCAACUGCAUAGUGACACAGAAGAAGCAACCAAUAAUUGCAGUACAGGCACUCCUAAGUGCUCGGUUCACAGUGAUAAUUUGGAACAGUGCACUGAGGAGGAGUACCAUAGCUCUGGGCUGUCCUCGGAGACACCAGAGGGCUUGCUAGGGCCUGUCAUCAGAAGCAUAGAGGGCUCACCUAACCUUGGGGAAACAGAGAGGAGAGAUAGCUUGGCCAUGUCUCCUGCCACAGACAAGCAAACCCCACUUAAGAGAGACCUGGGUAGUGGCAACAGAAGAAGUUCCAGGCUGAGCCAUAAAGGCCUCGUUCGCACACAGCAGAGACGGGCACAGAAGCUGCCAUCCUCGGAGGAAGAUUCAAGUGAAGGGGAAGAGUUGCCAUCCUUUCAGGCACUGAUAUUUGGUAAAUCGGCAAGCACACUGCUAGAACCAUUGAAAAAGAAGAAGACAUCGGGAGGGAUGCCAGCACUGAAGAGCAGCAACAAAUGUAAUGUAGAAACCAAGGAUGAGCACGUCUGUCCAAGUCAGGAUUCGGAGUGCUCUAUGAAGUUGUUUUCUUCCCAGUCACACACAGCUGAGGAUUUCCGCAGCAGGCCUCAUGACUCAAGACACUUAACUCCAGCUCCCACUUCUAGAGAAAAUCUGGAAAGUCUUAGUGGGAAUAAAAAAGCCACUCAACCCAGGGAUGAAAUCUCAAAAGAUGCUGGACAACAGAAAGAUGAACAGCAAGAACAAGUGGAUUCAGAAUUCAAUUUAGGUGAAGAGACCUUGGACUAUGACAGUGAAGCUAGCUGCUUGGGGGAUUCAUCAGGCCUAUCUUCCCAGAGUGAGAUUCUCACCACACAGCAAAAAAAUGCCAUGCAAAACAGCUUAAAGAAACUCCAGCAGAAGAUGGCUAUUCUUGAAGCAGUUCUCAAACAGGGAAGCCAGAGUGCUGUCCGUGAAGGAUCACCGCUUCCUGGUGAGGAAGGUGAUUUCACUGGAGGACAGGCAAGAUCAGCAAGGGGAAGUAAAGCAGAUUUGAGUUCUGAAAGUAAACAAAGCCUCCAAGGUGCCUUUUCUACCCCUGUGAGAAACAUGCAAGGGACUCCAGGGUCCUCAACGCCUAAAGAGCAGAUUUCUAGCCCUUUGGCCACAGAGACAGCAAUGGGGCCUCCUGCUGCCACACAUGAUGCAGGAAGACAAAGUGCAUUGAGGCAUAGUGCACAAGGAAGUCCAGUCUGCCCCUUGUCACAAAUCACACAUUGUAGUGCAAGCAAAGGGAAUUCAAAGAGUCCAUUUCUGACAAGCAAGAGGAAUAUGUCUCUGGUGGCCUCGGGUCUGAACCAGGGCGAGUUGCGACUAGUACAGGUGUUUGCCAGGAAAAAUGAGAGCACUUGGUCUAAUAAGAUUUCUUAUGAAACAACUCAUGUAGUAAUGAAAACAGAUGAGGAUCUGGUUUGUGAGCGGACCCUGAAAUACUUCCUAGGUAUUGCUGGACGGAAGUGGGUGGUGAGCUACCAUUGGGUUGUACAGUCACUGAAGGAAAGAAGAGUUCUUAAUGAGGAGGACUUUGAAGUUAGAGGAGACAUGAUCAAUGGGAGAAACCAUCAGGGACCCAAAAGAGCAAGGGAAUCUCCCACUGGAAAGCUUUUCCAAGGCUUAGAAAUAUGCUGCUACGGGCCAUUCACUGACAUGCUCCCAGAACAAUUGGAGUGGAUGGUAGAGCUGUCCGGUGCCUCUAUUGUGAAAGAACCUCGCUUAUUCUCACAUUCAAAAAGCUCUACUGCUGUGGUGGUCGUUCAGCCCGAAGCUUGGGGGGAAGACACUGCCUGCCAAGGGAUCCCACCGCAAUGCAGUGCUACUGUAGUCUCACGAGAGUGGAUGCUGGACAGUAUUGCAUGCUAUCAACGCCAGGCAUUUGACGAAUACAUCGUGCAACAGGUGUGAAAGGACGGCCUUUUGAAAUUGCUCAUGAACACAGAAUCUUCAGGAAAGGAUUUCAGUGGAACGUUUGUGGAAGGCUUCCUCACAGGCAGUGUGGUUUCACUUGCAAGAUAAAUAUUUCAGUUGGCAUGAAAACACCCCGUCGCCCGCCAAAGGCAGAACUUAAAACUGUGAUACUUCUAUCUUUGCCGUCGUGAGCCAAGCAAUAAUGUGUUCUUCUGUGGUGAUGCAGAUGCAUUAUUUACUAUCCAAUUGCUGCCUUGUUUGGGAGACUUUUCUCUUCAUGUCUUGGAGAUGUAAUCGUCUGAAAGAGUUAUAUGGAUGUGAGAGCUUCAAUUAACUCAGGAGGAUGGCAG